AUGCCAGAUAUAGAUACUUGUCCUAUAUGUGUGUCGAAUCCAUUAGAGGAUUCCACAACGUUCAAUAAUAUAGCGUGGCUUCAAUGUGAUAUUUGUAACCAAUGGUUUCACGCUUCUUGUCUAAAGAUACCUAAAAUUGAAGUGAACAAUUUGCAUUCAUAUCAUUGUGAAGAAUGUUCUCAAAGCCACGGACCAUCAAUACCUAAGAGGAAACUGAAAAGAUCAAAGGUUCAGAUUGAUUAUGUUGCAUUAAAUGAUGGUGAUGUUUUUGCAGUUGAUAAAUCACAGCAUCCUCAUAUAGAUAAGUUUCUCUCAUUCGAAGUGAAUGCUAAUGAAAUAGACGGUAAAAUUAACCCAUACAUAGACCUCCGGAAGGAUAUCACUACUGAAUAUGCAUUAAAAACACAUCUUACAAGACCUGUAUUGAUACCUCGGGCAGAUCUUGAUAUAGUCGAUAUGAAGUUACCGAUACCGGGAAAAGAAAUAACGAUCGACUAUAUAGCCGAUGAAGUUGGUGACGAUACGCCUCUAGACGUAAUGGAUGUUCUCACUCAACAAGGUGUAAAUCCAGGGUGGAACUUGGGAAAAUGGAGAGAUUAUUUCAACACAGAUGAACUAAGUCGUGAUAGAAUACGGAACGUUAUCUCGCUAGAAAUUUCUGACGUCGAUAACUUUGGUAAAUCCUUCAGACGUCCUAAGAUUGUUAGAGAUAUGGAUUUAGUUGAUAAGGUUUGGAAUGAUAAAACUCCUAGACCUAAGGUCACUAAAUACUGUCUUAUGUCUGUCACAGGCUCGUUCACAGACUUCCAUAUAGAUUUCAGUGGAACAUCAGUUUACUAUACUGUAUGUUCGGGGUCUAAAACAUUCUUGAUGUAUCCUCCGACAGAGCGAAAUCUCGAUAUUUAUACAUCAUGGUGUCUUCAACCCGACCAAAAUUAUAUGUGGUUUGGCGAUUUCACCAAAACAUUCAAGGGUAAAAGUUGUACGCCGUCAGGAGGGUUCAAGGUGACUCUAUGUCCCGGUGACUUGUUCAUAAUUCCUAGUGGCUGGAUACAUGCUGUUUAUACGCCAGAAGAUUCGCUAGUAAUAGGUGGUAACUUUCUAACUCUUAUUGAUCUCUCCAUGCAUUUGCGCAUCUAUGAAAUCGAAAAAGUAACCAGAGUUCCGGCAAAAUUUAGAUUUCCAAUGUUCAAUAAGGUGCUCUGGUUUACGAGCUGGUACUAUUAUAACCAAAAGUCACAAUUUUUAAAGGACCUAGGACAAGACGCAUACAUCAAAAAUGAAGCACAUACCAACAAUGAAGCCCAACCCGACCAAUACAUGCAAUACAAUACACUCAGCUGUCUUAUUUCCCACUUGCAAUCGCAUUACGAAUCAAGUAAGGUCAAUAAAGUGGCUAGAAAUACCAUUCCUACUGGUAUUAUUGGCAAAGACAUACCUGCGUAUUUAGCGAACUUACAAUCCUGGUUAGAUGAAUUAUCAGCAUAA